AUGGUUAUGGAUAUGCUAGUUGAUAGUGAAGAAGACAUUGCCAAGUUGAUAGAAUCGGAAGUCAUUGUCAACCAUUUAGGUUCAAACGAAAAGGUUGCAAAUGCACUAAACAGCCUUUGCAAAGAACUUCCCAUACUAAAUUUCAGUUACGAACCUAAGUGGGAAGAUAUGGAUACUCACUACAAUCGUUACUGGCCCAAAAAUAUUGUGGAAUUAAAGCAUACAUAUUUUAGUACUCCAUGGAAUUUUAUUGAUCUACUUGCUGGAAUCGUUCUCUUUGUUCUCACUGUGGUUCAGACCAUCUAUGAUGUCAAUGCCGCAUAG